GUGCAUAACAAGAAGACGGAAGUGACAAUGAAAUCGUGGUUGUGGUGAAUGCCGAGCGGUUUCAUUUUUUAAGUGUUGCGCCUUACGGGUUACGGGCCUAUUUUUACUUUUGCAAGGUGUUUUAUGAAAACGAAAUUAUAAAAAUGGAUACAUUCGUUGUUAAAGUGUCACAUCCCUUCCUUGUAGUACUGAUGCAGUUUGUACUGAUUGUGUCAGCGAGGAAAACGCAAGAUAUGAUCUAUACUGAUAUUAAGAACACAUCACCAUGUGUGAGGAGAUUUAACGCAACACAUCAGAUAGGAUGCACAAGUGAUUUCUAUGGAAACACUGGUGUGAUACAUUACAUGGCCAGUGACUCUGAUGUGCAGUGGGUUAUAGACAAUGGUCCUCAUCAGCCUUAUAUACCUCUCAUGGAACCACAAGUCUUUAAUUACGCUAAUGUUAUGAAACUAGUGGACUCUAAGAAAGUAGGAGGCAUUUUAGUCAUCAAUAUUAACUCAACCAUUAGCCAACAAAACAACUUCUACUUCUCACCGGAUCGCAAGUGUCCUAAUCAACACUUUGGACAUUACAACAAUGAGAGUGAGUAUGGUGAUUGUCGUGUAGAAUGGAAUCCUGAUGGAAAUGCAAUGAACUUCAUGGAUCUUAAAGUACCUAUCUUAUCACUGUACAAUGAAGCUGAGGUCAACUACAUUAUCAAGUGUUACAAGGAUCAUAAUGAACCAAUAGACAAUAAGGCUCGCUCCUAUCCAUUGUGUGCAACUGAAGUACAUGACUUCAUGUACGGAGCUAAGGAUACCCCUACAUGCAUGAGAAGAACGCAACAAACAACUAAUCUGGAACUAUCGUAUUUCUGUGAUCCUCUCGGUGACUACAAUUCCUGGGUUACAUUAGUGCCAACUAAUAAGACACAAGGUCUGAAAAACAAGUCCCUCAUACUAGUGGCAGCACAGGUGGAUGCUACAUCUCUGUUCUACAAUGUACUUCCCCGUGAUGGUGCUGAACAUUCUGCAUCUAGUUUCAUCACACUACUAGCUGUAGUACAAGCCCUUGGUGCAUUGGAUUUAGAAAUCAAACAAGACAUGGAUGAUAUCAUGUUUGUCUUCUUUCAAGGGGAGAGCUAUGAUUACAUUGGAUCAUCACGAAUGGUGUAUGACAUGAGAAAAGGCCAAUUUCCCUUUAAGGAAAAUGCUGAAUUUAGUCAACCAGCGUUUGUUGAUGUAGAUGAUAUUGCAUACUACCUAGAAUUGAAUCAACUUGGAUUGGCUGUGGAUGGAAAACUGUUUGCACAUACAGACCCAAUCACACAACAAGACCAACCGACAAAACAACAGACUGAAAAGUUAUUGGAAAGUCUAAAGAGCUCAAUAUCUGGAAGUGACAUCACAAUAAACAAACCAAGUCAUGUCCAGCCACUGCCCCCUGCAUCAUUCCAAAGGUUCCUGCGUAGUGGAGUCAAGGUACCAGGCAUCGUGCUGACAGAUCAUGAGAAAGAAUAUCGCAACAGGUUUUAUAAUAGCAGAUUUGAUACUGCUGAACUAUUGCAAUAUGAAGAGAAUGAAAACUCUACAAUAUUUCCAUUGGCAACAGAGCUAGCAACCAUUGCCACUACUAUAUCUCGUGCUGUAUAUAAACUAGCCAGACCAGACGCUACAGAUGCAGACCUCAUCCAAGCUAAUGCUACAAUUGUUAAUGACAUGCUGUACUGUUUCCUGAUUCGAGCCAACUGUAGUUUGUUUCGCUCCAUUGUAUCUAAGACUGAAGCUUCAUCUUUAUCCAACUCUGUAUACCCAAGUUAUGUUGGAGUGUUUACAGGGGAAGCAAACUCCAUGACAAAAUUCAUCCAGCGUUUACUGGGAUUCUUCACUGGUAAUCUGACAUCAGUUGAACUGAUAGAGACAGAUGAGACACAGAACCAGUGUAAAACAAACAGCAAUGACCAGAUAUUUCAAAGUUUCUUGAUACAAGGCCCUAAUCCAGAGAAGGAUCGUGGUUAUUGUGUGGAGAGUACUGUCAAUCAAUCCCCUGCGUUUUCACCAGCAUUCAUUGAAGGAGAGGAAGACUGGGCAUCUACUGAAUAUUCAACAUGGACAGAGAGUCAAUGGGGAGGGUCAAGUUUCUCUCUCAGGGUCUACCUUAAACCAAGCACUGAACAAGAGAGCCUAAUAUUCAGCCUUGGAAUGAUCGUCUUAUUAGUAUCUCUUCUGCUUAGUUACUUCUUGAAUGCCAGAGCAUCAAUUAUCUUCUCAACUCCAGCUUAAUUACAAGUAGCAGGCAAGUAUAGGUGACUACGCUGAGCAAUCUGUGGUGAUGUGUCACGAUGCAUAAUCAACAAGCUAUUGAAGCUCAUGAUCUUACUAUCAUGGUUUUUGUUGUUGGUUGUUGGCAGUGCAUAAAGAUGAUGAUGACCAUCCAAUGCCAUAGUGUCAAAUGGAUGCCAUUUUUAUUUUUGAAUGCCAUUUCUAGCUAAUGUAACAAUGUUUUGUUUGGCAAAGCUAAGGCCAUAGACUUGCACCAGUAAUUAUAAUAAACCAAUACUCAAGAAUUACCCUGUUAUGUAAACAUGCAAUGCAUUUCAUGGAACUAGCGAAAAUAUACCAUGAGUUUAAAUUUGCACUAUACUAUUUCACCCAGGUUAAUUAACCAUACCUUCACCAUAGUCGGUGUUAUAUUGACUCUUCAUUUUUGUCCCCAGUGAUCUGUUUUGUAAUCAAAUGUGCAUUGAGUAAGUCAUUGAUGGAGUCAUCCUAGAUAUGUCCACAGCCAUCUGCAUAAUAUUCAUGAUGUAUUGUUACAGGAUAAGAUAAUACAUCAAGAUAAUUAGUAAGGUAACAUGAGGAUCAAAAGGAUGGUUAAGAUUUGUAGAUAUUUAAUCAUUUGCGGGCUGAGAAAAGAACAGUGCAGAUGGGUUGGUGGGUGGGAUGGAUGGGAUGGGAUGGGUGGUGUAAAUAUUAUUGUAAGUCUACAUCAGAUGCAUGUUGCCUAUUUCCUAGUAUCUCUAGGAAUAUCAAAGAUGAGACAAAGAUGUGACACACAUUGUAGAUAUAUGUUCUUUAUUAAUUAGAAUUGUAAAGAAAAGUGCAGAUGUAAAGUUUAAAGUGAACUUGCAGUUUUU